UGGCGCUAUUGUAUGACUUGGGGUCUACGGUUGGAGAGCUGGUGUUUUUGGUGAUUAAAGCAGAGCUCGAGUUUGCAGAUAUCUAUACCAAUAUACUAAGGGGAAAGACUGUGGAAAUAUGUGUGGAACUUGUGUGUAAGAUCGUUGAAUGGCGCGGCAAGCAUUUUCAACUGAGACGUUUAGGGGUGGAGUGGAGGCGCAUAAGUCAUUUUAGGUUAAUAUUUAUGUUAAGUGUUAUGGAACUCAAUUUACCAAGCUAUCAUUUAGUUAUCAUCACCAUGCCAACAUCAAGCAAGAUUUUCAAGGGGUACAGAGCCCUUGGCUUUGUGAGCAACCAUGUGCCAUUGCUGGUUCGCUAUAUCCACAAGAGAAAAGAAAACCUCAUAAUUACAUGCGUUGGGAAGUCAUUCCACACAUAUGGGUUCAACAAGCUUUCACUACUAAGUGUGAGUGAGCCUCAUGAGGGGGACAUUGAAGUAAUGGCGGCAGACAGGACUCUGGUCUACACAGCUGUUGGCUGUACUGUACGAGGCUGGCGCAGAGGCACAGAGCUGGUGCACACAUAUGCUGACCACAAGCAGCCGGUGCACCUGAUGCUGCCGUUCGGACCACACCUGCUCACCGUGGACACAGACAGCACACUCCGCAUGUGGGACAUCAAUGCUGAGGAACUGUACACGGAGCUGACCUUCAGCAACGGCUCGUUCCGCAUCACCAGCCUGCUGCACCCGAGCACGUACCUGAACAAGGUGCUGCUGGGCAGCGAGCAGGGCGCGCUGCAGCUCUGGAACCUUCGCACCUCGCGGCGCGUGCACACGUUCGCCGGCUGGGGCGCAGCUGUCACCGCCCUGGAGCAGGCGCCAGCGGUGGACGUGGCGGCCGUGGGCCUGGCCAGCGGUGACGUCAUCCUGCACAACCUGCGCUUCGACGAGACGCUGAUGCGCUUCCAGCAGGAGUGGGGGCCGGUCACGUCGCUGGCGUUCCGCACCGACGGCCAGCCCGUCAUGGUCUCCGGCAGCACGCAGGGUCACGUGGCGCUCUGGGACCUGGAAGAGCGCAAGCUGCUGGGUCAGAUGUGGGAGGCGCACAACGGCGCCGUCACCGGCAUGGCCGCGCUGCCCUCCGAGCCGCUGCUGGUCACCUCUUCGGCCGAUAACACGCUCAAGGUCUGGAUCUUCGACAUGCCGGACGGCGGCGGUCGUCUUCUGCGUAUGCGUGGCGGCCACUCGGCACCCUCCUCCUUCAUCCGCUUCUACGACGAGCGGGGAAACAUCCUGAGCGCCGGCCAGGACAGCACCAUCCGCGUCUUCUCCUCGGAGAACGACGCUGUCAGCCGCAGCUUCGGCCAGGCCAGCUACAACCGCAAGCUUUCCAAAAAGCGGCGCGCGGGCGUGCAUGACACGCUCAAGAUGCCUCCGGUGGUGGCGCUGGCGUCGGCCACCGUACGCGAGAAGGAGUGGGACAACAUCGCGGCCGUGCACCGCGGCCUCAGCCAGGUCACCACGUGGUCGUUCGACCGUCAACGCAUGGGCGAUCACCGGCUGCAGCCGUCGCGACCCGAGCGGCCGGCGGCGCGCGCCGCCGCCUCGUGUGUGGAUGUUACGGCCUGUGGUAACUUUGUGCUGAUUGGCUACGAAACGGGUCACGUGGAUCGCUACAACAUACAGUCGGGCCUGCCUCGCGGCUCCUACGGGGAUCCAGGUCAUGAGGGCAGCGUGCGCGGCGUGGCGUCGACUGCGCUGGUACACCAGGUGAUGUCGGCUGGCGCCGACUCCCGACUCCGCUUCUGGCGGCUCAAGACGGGCCAGCUGCUGCACACGCUGGGGCUGGACGCUCCCGCCGCUCGACUCGUCCUCCACCGAGAGAGCUCGCUGGCGGCUGUGGCGCUGGACGACUUCUCGGCGUGCGUGGUGGACGCGGACGGCCGGCGCGUGGUGCGCCGCUUCGCCGGCCACGCCGGCCCGCUCACCGACCUGUGCCUCUCGCCGGACGCGCGCUGGCUGCUGACCGCCGGCAUGGACUGCUGCGUACGCGUGUGGAACCUGCCGCAGGCGGCGCUGGUCGACGUGCUGCGCACCGCCACGGCGCCCACCUCGCUCAGCCUCGGCCCGGCCGGCCGGCUGCUCGCCACCACGCACGUGGACGACGCCGGCGUGUACCUCUGGGCCAACCGCACGCUGUUCGACUGGGUGAGCCUGCCGCCGCUGCCGGCCGACUACCUGCCGGCGGUGGCGGCGGCGCCGGGCAGCGCCCCCGACGACGGCCUCCUGCUGACGGCCGAGGAGGCGCAGCAGGAGCCGGAGAAGACGGAGGAGGCCGAGGAGGAGUUCCAGAGCGGGGCGCAGCUGGCUGACCAGCUGGUGACGCUCUCACUGCUGCCGGAGUCGCGCUGGGCGCACCUGCUCAGCGUGGACGCCAUCAGGAAACGGAACAAGCCGAAGGAGCCGCCCAAGGUGCCGAAGUCAGCGCCGUUCUUCCUGCCGACCGUGGCCGGCCUGGCGCCGAAGUUCGAUCUCUCCGCCGAGCCCACAGAUGGCGCGGACGAUUCGGCCCGGAUCCUGCACCUGGGCGCCUUGGCACCGAUCACCGAGCUGGGACGUCUGCUGCUGAAGGCUGAAACGGGCGAACCCGAACAUUACGACGCCGUCAUGGACCUGCUGAAAGGCAUGAGCCCUUGGCAGCUGGACUCGGAGCUGCGGCAGCUGGCGCCGGCGCCGGGCGGCUCUACCAAGCUGCUCCGGCUGUUCCUGGUCACAGUGCAGCGUCAGCUGGACACAGCGAGGGACUUCGAGCUGGCGCAGGCAUACCUCGGCCUCUCCUCAAGGCGCCGACUCUAG